CGCCAACUGACAGAAUCCUUUUUGUUACCUUCUUUUGUAAUAUUAUGCAGCUGAAAUUGUUCACUAUGGUGUCAAAUAGCAGUAGUAGAAGUAUACCAAAAAUAACACUACUACUAGUGCUAACAGUGCUUAUGCUAUGUAAUUGCUGGCACGUUUUAGCACAAGAGCCUCAAGUAGUGCUUCAAGCGCAACAACAACAGCAACAGCAACAUCGACAUCAUAAUAACAAUUUGAACAUAAAGUACAUGCUUGAUCACCAUGACAAGCUGAAUCAUUCAGAGGCACAUGUCAAAAAGUUCAAAGGAGAAACUCUGGCUUACGUUACUCCUUGGAAUAGUAGAGGAUACGAUAUUGUGAAAGAGUUUAAAGGAAAGUUUGACUAGUAGCGUAUUGUUUCAAACAAAGUAUUUGCGUUAACAGCAUAUUAGUGCCAGCAUUAUGUUGAAACUGAAUGAUUUAUCCUAUUGUUAGUGUAUCUCCAGUGUGGUUCUACAU